GCAGCGAUUGUGUACACAGAGAGGUAAUUGAUCAGCUAAAUCAAUGAUAGCAUCGCUCGGUUCAGACGUAUGAAAAUAUCCCGGCAUGCUGGCGACGCAAGGCUCGGCCAGGGAGGGGAGGGAUGAUGGAGCUAAGAUGGCAGCCCAACUGAGGGUGCUGCCUCUCCGGGGUCAAGAGAUAUUCAAGAAACGAAGCAAAAAACGAAACUCGACAAUGCGAUUUUUCUAAAUGAAUGCUUUCGUUUCUGCUUUUUCGCGAGAAAUUUCAGUUAUGGUUUGAGAGGAUCGUCAUUGGAGUCGAGCACCGUGUUGACGCUGCGGCCGGAUCGCAAGACUACACUGGUUUUUUAGCUGCACCACCAGAUUGGCUACAAUUUGCGCUUCUAACCACUGAGGACCGUGGAUGCUCGUUGUGGUUUUUUCGCAGCUCGUAGCCGACAAAUGAUGUGACAUGUGGCGGAUACAUCGACACGUGGAUUGCGCCUGAUGGCUAGAGAUUAUCUGGCUGUGAUAUCUUUUGUGUAAUAUAUACAUAUAUAUGCAUUGUUCUGCAAAACGAUGAUGUGUGCUGCUGCGGCAGCGGCCGCCGGUGGUGGGAUUCUGCCCUCCUUAUCGCCGUCGAUGGGGCUGGGUGUCAGGGUCAUUUCUGGAGCAGGAGCCGACCUCUCCACCGUCGGUUCGGGGAUGGGUUCUUGCCCGACACCCGGAGUCCAGUCGGAUUGUCGGACUCGGUACCAGCUUUUACUCUCAGGACGAGCCCUGGCGGAGAGAUACAGACGGAUUUAUACCACCGCCAUCAACGAUAAAGAGCAAGGGAUAAAUCAAGGAAGGGGAAAGAAGGCAUUGAGUAAGAAGAAACUUAAAAGGCGACAGAAGGUCAAGUCAAAAGUCAAAUCAAGAACAAAGGCCGAGAGUCUAGAUGGAGCCCUCUGCGUGCCAGACAUCAAGCUACACAGCAACCCUUCUGCAUUCAAUGUCUACUGCAACGUGCGGCACUGUGUGCUGGACUGGCAGCAAAGAGAGGCCUCCCUGGCGCUGGCCUCCAGGAGCUCGGUACAGAGCGGCGACUCAGACAGCGAGGAGGAGGAGGAGUACCGCGAACCAGCCGUGAAGCUGCCAAAGAUCAUUGGCAUCGGCCUGUGUGGGGUUUUUGAGCUGAUAAAAGAGACUCGGUUCUCUCACCCUCUGCUGUGCCUGCGUAGCCUACAGGCCUUGCUGGACAUGCUACAGGGACAACAGCCUGAGGGCUUCCAGACUGAGCCACCUGAUGUGUUAGAGUCUCUUUUCCAGUUGUUGUUGGAGACCACGGUCCGGAGCACAGGACCCAAUGACCCAACGGGGCAGGCCAUCACUGCGCUGUCCUGUGCCUGCCUCUUCAGUCUGGUGGUGGCCUGGGGAGACACGGGGAAGAUCCUCCAGGCAGUCUCUGCCAUCCUCACAAAUAAUGGUAGUCAUGCCUGCCAGACAAUACAGGUUCCCACCAUACUGAACGCGUUACAGAGGAGUGUACAGGCUGUACUGGUGGGAAAGAUUCAGAUCCAGGAUUGGUUUGGAAAUGGCAUCAAACGUGCAGCCUUGAUGAACAAGUGGGUCCUGAAGGAGGUGACCAUUGAUGAAGAUGAGCGCUGCCUUCUGCAGACUGAUGGUUCCUUCCUGUACUUGCUCUGCAAGGAUGGACUCUACAAAGUGGGCUCUGGAUACAGCGGCACUGUCAGGGGCCACGUGUACAACUCCACGUCUCGAAUCAGAAAUCGAAAGGAGAAAAGAUCCUGGCUGGGCUUUGCUCAGGGGUAUUUGUUGUAUCGGGACACAAGUAACCACAGUAUGUCGGCCCUGAAGAUCAACCCUGAGACUCUGGAGCACGAGGGAACGGUUGCAAUGCCAGGUCAGCAUUCAGAUGGACAGAACAUCAUCUUCACUGAUGGAGAAUACAUUAACCAGAUUGCAGCCUGCAAAGAUGAUGGUUUUGUAGUACGGAUCUAUACUAUGAGUUCAGACCCGGCCCUGCAGCAGGAACUGCAGCUUAAGCUGGCAAGGAAAUGUCUGCACGCUUGUGGCAUCUCUCUUUUUGACCUCGAGAAGGAUCUGCACAUCAUCAGCACAGGCUUUGAUGAAGAGGCAGCAUUGCUUGGAGCAGGCAGGGAGUUUGCUCUGAUGAAAACUGCCUCGGGAAAGAUCUACUACACAGGAAAAUACCAGAGUCUGGGUAUAAAACAGGGUGGCCCAUCAGCAGGGAAAUGGGUGGAAUUGCCCGUUACGAAAUCUCCGAAGAUUGUCCAGUUCUCAGUCGGCCAUGAUGGCUCUCAUGCGCUGCUAGUGGCUGAAGAUGGAAGUGUGUUCUUCACAGGCUCUGCCAGCAAAGGGGAAGAUGGAGAAUCUACUAAAAGUCGCCGACAGCCCAAGCCGUACAAGCCCAAGAAGAUGAUCAAACUGGAGACCAAGACAGCCGUGUACACAGCAUGCAACAAUGGCAGCAGCAGCAUUGUCACCAAGGAUGGAGAACUCUACAUGUUUGGCAAAGAUGCUAUAUACAGUGACAGCACCUGUCAGGUGACAGACCUCAAAGGUCAUUUUGUAACUCAGGUUGCCAUGGGUAAGGCUCACACAUGUGUUCUGACCAAAAACGGUGAAGUGUGGACGUUUGGGGUGAAUAACAAAGGCCAGUGUGGUAGAGACACCGGAGCCAUGAGCCAGGCAGGAAAAGCAUUUGGUGUUGAGAACAUGGCCACAGCCAUGGAUGAGGACCUAGAGGAUGAGUUGGAGGAGAAGGAAGAGAAGAGCAUGAUGUGCCAGCCAGGCAUGCACAAGUGGAAAUUGGACCAGUGCAUGGUUUGCACAGUGUGUGGAGACUGCACUGGCUACGGUGCCAGUUGUGUCAGUAGUGGACGACCAGACAGAGUGCCGGGAGGUAUCUGUGGCUGUGGAUCUGGAGAGUCUGGCUGCUCAGCGUGCGGCUGUUGCAAAGCCUGUGCCAGGGAGCUCGAUGGUCAGGAGGCCAGGCAGAGAGGCAUCUUUGACGCUGUGAAGGAGAUGAUUCCAUUGGACCUGUUGUUAGCUGUGCCUGUCCCUCCCCCUCCAGGAGUCAACAUCGAGGAGCACAUUCAGAUCCGCCAGGAGGAGAAACGACAGAGGAUCAAUCGCCGGCAUAGGUUGGAGGAGGGAAGAGGCCCCCUUGUUUUUCCCGGUCCCAUUUUUAUGAACCAGCGUGAGCAGGCCCUAGCCAGAAUAAGACCCCUUCAGGCACUAAGGCAUAAACGGGACAAGCACAAAGAUGGUAGCAGUGAGCGUGGGGAGAAGGAUGCUAGCAAAAUUACAACCUACCCCCCAGGGGCUGUGAGAUUUGACUGUGAACUGCGAGCGGUUCAGGUCAGCUGCGGUUUUCACCACUCAGUGGUGCUUAUGGAGAAUGGAGAUGUCUACACGUUUGGGUAUGGUCAGCACGGGCAGCUCGGACAUGGGGACGUCAACUCCAGGGGCUCUCCAACUCUGGUGCAGGCUCUUCCUGGUCCGAGUGUGCAGGUGACAGCAGGCAGUAACCACACAGCUGUUCUCCUCAUGGAUGGGCAGGUCUUCACAUUUGGCAGCUUCUCGAAAGGGCAGCUUGGUCGGCCGAUCCUGGACAUGCCCUACUGGAAUGCCAAGCCAUCUCCUAUGCCCAAUAUCGGUGCCAAAUAUGGACGAAAAGCUACGUGGAUCGGAGCCAGUGGGGACCAGACAUUCUUGCGGAUCGAUGAGGCUCUUAUCAACUCCCAUGUCCUAGCUACUUCAGAGAUCUUUGCCAGCAAACACAUCAUUGGCCUCGUGCCCUCCUCUGUGUCUGAGCCACCACCAUUUAAAUGCUUGCUUAUCAACAAAAUGGAUGGAAGCUGCAGAACCUUCAAUGACUCUGAGCAGGAGGACCUGCAAGGAUUUGGCCUGUGUCUGGACCCAGUGUAUGAUGUUAUAUGGAGGUUCUUGCCAGCCACCAGAGAGAUGUGGUGUUACAAUGCAGUGAUAGCUGAUGCCAGGAUGCCCUCUGCAACAGAUCUGCAGGCUCGCUGUAGCAUCCUUAGUCCAGAGCUUGCAUUGCCGUCAGGAUCACACGCAACCACCACUCGCUCUCAUGGAGCCCUACACAUCCUUGGUUGCUUGGAUACACUGGCUGCCAUGCAGGAACUGAAAAUGGGUGUAGCCAGCGCUGAGGAAGAAACCCAGGCAGUGAUGAAGGUCUAUUCCAAGGAGGACUACAGUGUUGUGAACCGCUUUGAGAGUCACGGUGGUGGUUGGGGUUACUCGGCCCACUCUGUGGAGGCCAUCCGUUUCUGUGCCGACGCAGACAUCCUGCUGGGUGGGCUGGGCCUGUUCGGGGGACGAGGGGAGUACACUGCCAAAAUCAAGCUGUUUGAGCUUGGCCCUGAUGGUGGUGACCAUGAGACAGAUGGUGAUCUGCUGGCUGAGACUGAUGUACUGGCUUAUGACUGUGCUGCCAGGGAGAAAUAUGCAAUGAUGUUUGAUGAGCCGGUGCUGCUGCAGCUUGGCUGGUGGUAUGUGGCGUGGGCCCGAGUGUCUGGUCCCAGCAGUGACUGUGGCUCCCAUGGGCAGGCUACCAUCACUACUGAUGAUGGUGUGGUCUUUCAGUUCAAAAGCUCAAAGAAGUCAAAUAAUGGCACAGAUGUCAAUGCAGGUCAGAUACCUCAGCUACUUUACAGGCUUCCUUCAAAUGAUGGCAAUGCAUCUAAAGGCAAACAGCAAACCAGUGAACCAGUCCAUAUCCUUAAACGCUCAUUUGCUCGUACAGUCUCAGUGGAGUGUUUUGAGUCUUUGCUGAGUAUCCUUCACUGGAGCUGGACCACCUUGGUUUUGGGUGUGGAGGAACUGCGAGGGCUGAAGGGUUUCCAGUACACAGCCACCCUGCUCGACCUUGAGAGGCUCCGCUUUGUUGGCACGUGCUGCCUCCGCCUGCUCAGGGUCUACAUCUGUGAGAUUUUUCCCAUUGCAGCCAGCACCAAGGCUGUGGUGGAGGAGUCGAGCAAGCUGGCAGAGUGCGUAGGAAAGACACGCAGUCUGCUGAAGAAGAUCCUGUCAGAAGGCAUGGACAACUGCCUGACCAAGCUGGACAAUGACCCACAAGGCUACUUGUCUCAGCCUCUUACUUUGCUGGAAGCCGUGCUGCAGGAGUGCCACAACACCUUCACCGCCUGCUUCCACUCGUUCUAUCCAACCCCGGCUCUGCAGUGGGCCUGCCUGUGUGAUCUGCUCAACUGCCUGGACCAAGAUAUCGCUGAGGCUAAUUUCCGUACAUCCAGCAGCCGUCUCCUGGCAGCCGUAAUGUCAGCUCUUUGUAACACAUCGGUCAAGCUGACAUCCAUCCUGCCCAUUGCUUAUGAUGGGGAGGUGCUGCUACGUUCACUGGUCAAACAAGUCAGCACAGAGAAUGACUCGGCCCUUGCUCACCGCUUCCCCCUGCUGGUGGCCCAUAUGGAGAAACUCAGCCAUACGGAGGAGAACCUGAUGGGCAUGACCAGUUUCCGGGAAGUACUAGAGAAGAUGCUGGUGAUUGUGGUGCUGCCUGUGAGGAAGAGUUUGAGGAGGGAGGUUGAACUGUUCUCACCACAUUUGGUCUCCAACACCUGCGGCCUGCUGGCCUCCAUCGUUUCUGAGCUCACCGCCUCUGCCCUGGGCUCUGAGGUUGAUGGGCUGAACUCGCUCCACUCAGUGAAAGCAUCUCCGAACCGCUUCACCAAAACAAGCCAGGGCCGCAGUUGGAACACAGGCAAUGGCUCGCCGGAUGCCAUCUGUCUGACAGUGGAUAAGCCAGGCGUUGUGCUUGUGGGUGUCUGCGUAUAUGGAGGAGGGGGCAUCCAUGAGUAUGAGCUAGAGGUGCUGGCUGAUGAUGCGCAGACAGAGCACCCAGGGGACUCUGCGCAUUCUCACAGGUGGACAUCUCUGGAGCUGGUGAAGGGCACAUACAGCACUGACGAUUCCCCCAGUGAUAUUGCUGAAAUUCGCCUGGAUAAGGCUGUGCCACUUAAGGAGGGGGUGAAGUAUGCAGUGCGAUUACGAAACUACGGUAGCCGGACGGCUAAUGGGGACGGAGGGAUGACCACAGUGCAGUGCUCCGAUGGUGUGUCCUUCACCUUCAGCACCUGCAGCUUGAGUAGCAAUGGGACCAACCAGACCAGAGGACAGAUCCCGCAGAUUCUCUAUUACAGGAGUGAGUAUGAUGGGGACCUCCAGUCUCAGCUGCUGAGCAAAGCCAAUGAGGAAGACAAAAACUGUAGCAGAGCUCUGUCUGUGGUUAGUGCUGUGGUUAGAGCUGCAAAGGAUCUCCUUCACAGGGCAUUUGCUGUUGAUGUGGAUGAUAUUCCCGAGCUUUUAAGCUCUUCUAGCCUGUUCUCUAUGCUCCUGCCCCUCAUCCUGGCCUACAUAGGUCCCGUGGCUGCAUCUGUACCAAAGGCUGCUGUUGAGGUCUUUGGUUUGGUUCAAGAGCUGCUGCCUGCUGUCUCUGCCCUGAACCAAAAAUACGCCCCACCCACCUUUAACCCAAACCAAUCCACAGACAGCACUACUGGCAACCAGCCUGAACAGGGCCUCUCCGCUUGUACCACCUCUAACCAUUAUGCAGUAAUUGAGAGUGACCACCCUUACAAACAAGCUGGAGUCACUCAGUACAGGGUAUCAUUCCCGGACUGUGUCCGCUGGACCACCAUUGAGUUUGAUCCACAGUGUGGCACUGCACAACCAGAGGACGUCCUGCGUCUGCUAAUCCCAAGCCGAACACUCCACUUGUCUAACCUGGGUGCCAAACCCUUGAUCCACGACACCAUCAACACCUGGACUGAGCUCAAAAAGUUCUCAGGCUCAACAGGCUGGCCAACCACUGUCCUCGUGCUGCCAGGAAAUGAAGUGCUCUUUUCACUUGAAACAGCCUCAGAUUAUGUGAAAGAUGAGAAAGCCUGCUUCUACGGCUUUAAGUGUGUGGCUGUAGGAUAUGAAUUCAACCCCGGUCCUGAUGAGGGUAUUAUCCAACUGGAGAAGGAGUUGGCCUACCUGGGUAGUGUGUGUGCUGCAGCUCUUAUGAAGAAAGACUUGGCCCUUCCUAUAGGCAAUGAGUUGGAGGAAGAUCUUGAGAUUCUUGAGGAAGCCUCUCUUCAGGUGUGUAAGGCCCACUCAGGGAUCCUUGGGAAGGGUCUGGCCUUGUCUCACUCUCCCACCAUCCUGGAGGCCCUUGAGGGGAAUCUACCCUUGCACAUCCAAACCAAUGAGCACUCCUUCCUUGAGGACUUCAUCACCUGUGUGCAGAAUUCAAGUGGGGGACGUCUGGCUAGAUGGCUACAGCCAGACUCUUAUGCAGAUCCUCAGAAGACAUCCCUGAUUCUGAACAAAGAUGAUAUACGCUGUGGGUGGCCAACCACUGUGGUGGUUCAGACCAAAGACCAGUAUGGGGAUGUGGUGCAUGUUCCUAACAUGAAGGUGGAGGUGAAGGCCGUACCUGUUUCACAGAAAAAGUCAGUGCAACCAGAAAAUGUGAAGAAGUUGCAGCGACUACCUGGAAGCUGUUCCCCUUCUUCCUCUGGACCCGACCUAACCUUUGGAGGUUUGCCAGUGCCCAAGUUGGAAGCCACCUAUGAGCCCAUGAUUGUGAAAGAGGCUCGAUACAUUGCUAUUACCAUGAUGAAGGCAUAUGAAAACUACUCCUUUGAAGAGCUGCGCUUUGCUUCCCCCACUCCAAAGAGACCCAGCGAGAAUAUGCUCAUCCGUGCCAACACUGAUGGAACCUACAGUGCCAAUUGGACUCCAGGAGCAGUCGGCCUCUAUACGAUCCACGUCACCAUUGAUGGCAUUGAAAUAGAUGCUGGUUUGGAGGUAGAAGUCAAAGACCCUCCCAAAGGCAUGAUACCACCUGGGACUCAGAUGGUCAAGCCAAAAGCUGAGCCUCAGCCUAGCAAGGUCCGCAAAUUUGUAUCCAAGGACAGCGCAGGCCUGCGUGUGCGUAGUCACCCCUCCCUGCAGAGUGAACAGAUAGGCAUAGUGCAUGUCAAUGGCACCAUCACUUUCAUUGACGAGAUCCACAAUGAUGAUGGUGUGUGGCUCAGGCUCAAUGAUGAAACUGUAAAGAAGUAUGUUCCCAACAUGAAUGGGUACACUGAAGCCUGGUGCCUCUCUUUUAACCAGCACCUGGGCAGGAGCCUACUGGUCCCAGCCGACGAAGUCAGGGGCCAGUCGGAGGAGAACAUAAAGGAGGUGAGCAGCUGCCCUUCCCACGAGGCCCCCAUUCGGGUGCAGAACAGAGCAGGGCAGGGCGGCGGUCCGGGGCUUUAUAAGGUAGUGAAGACCGGCCCCUCUGGUCACAACAUCAGAAGCUGCCCAAACCUUAGGGGUAUCCCCAUUGGAAUGUUAGUUCUUGGCAACAAGGUCAAGGCCAUAGGCGAGGUGGUCAACUCAGAGGGAACCUGGGUACAGCUGGAUAAGAACAGUGUAGUGGAGUUCUGUGAGAGUGAUGAAGGAGAGGCCUGGUCACUGGCCAGAGACCGUGGUGGAAACCAAUACCUUCGCCACGAUGAUGAGCAAGCAUUGCUUGAGCAUGGGAACCAGACCCCGCCACCCAGCCCUUUCUCUGUGCAGGCCUUCAACAGAGCCUCAACUUCAAAUGGAGCACAGGGCUUUGACUAUGGCAUCUCCAACAACAAAGGUGACCGGUUGAGUGCCAUACUGAAUUCCAUUCAGUCUGGGCCCUUCCUCUCAGCAGCUCCCUCCUCCUCCAUAUUUGAGCAAGCUGCCCAACCUCCCUCCUCUUCCUCCCUUGUCCACAGCCCAUUUGUGUUUGGACAAUCCCCCUCCCAACUGUCUCAGCCACAACCACAGCUUCUGAGUGAGCGAGGGAACCUCAUGCCUGGUGCACGGCCGAUGUCCCCAGCCUCCAAACACCGUCAGGAGAAUCGCUCAGCCAAACAGGAGAGCCGCGGAAGUCGCUCCUCUGAGCAGAGCAGGGUCAAAACAAGUGAGGGUGGACUGACCGCUAGCGAGGCCCUUAUACUGCGGUCAGACACGGCCAAACUGAGGUCUGACUCGCACAGCCGCUCCCACUCGCCCAAUCACAACACACUCCAGGCUCUAAAGGCAGAUGGUAGAACUUCAGGAAAUCGGUCCGAGUCUCCGAAUCCUGGCUCUCGCUCUUCCUCUCCCAAACAAAAAAGUAUAUCCACGUCAGGCAGGUCUAGCCCCUCCAGCAACUCUUCCCAGCACUCUUCUUCAACCCACCAUGACAAGAACCUCCCACCUAAAGUUAGCCCUUCGUCCAAAGCCCAGCUCGAUCCUCCAAGAGAGAGAUCCAAAUCAGACUCUUAUACUCUGGACCCAGACACACUGAGAAAGAAGAAGAUUCCCCUUACAGAGCCACUUAGGGGCAGAUCUACCUCCCCCAAACCUAAACUGUCUCCUAAAGACCCAAAUAAAGGGAUGACCGGCAACGCAGAGAACCGUGUACCCUCACCACAUGUUACCCAAGAGAACUUGCACAGUGAAGUCGUGGAGGUCUGCACCUCUAGCGCUCUCCUCUCCAAUGAGGAUGUCAAUGAUGAGAAUGUGGAGCUCCGUAAUGCUGAAGAAGGUUCGUGUAAGGUGCACUUCAGCAUCGGCAAAGCCCCUGUCGAAGAGGAACUAAAGAGCCGCUCUUCACCCAAAGUCAGCCGCAAAACCUCCAGUCGACACACGCGUUCUAAAAAGGACAAAUCCGGGCCUCUGUUUAAAGGAGAGGGCACAACUAGGAUCACAGAACCUGCCAAACAGGCCAUGUCUCCCUCUGUGGCUGAAUGUGCACGCGCAGUCUUUGCAGCAUUCCUGUGGCAUGAAGGCAUUGUCCAUGAUGCCAUGGCCUGCUCCUCCUUCCUCAAGUUCAACCCAGACUUAACCAAAGAGCAUGCCCCCAUUCGCAGCUCCCUGGGAGGACAGGGCGCUGAGGAGAAGGAGAGCAAAUUAAAGAAUCGCCACUCCUUGGAGAUUUCCUCUGCACUUAACAUGUUUAAUAUUGCCCCACAUGGCCCAGACAUCUCCAAAAUGGGCAGCAUCAACAAAAACAAGGUGCUGUCUAUGUUGAAGGAACCUCCGCUGCCAGAGAAGUGUGAGGAUGGAAAAGGAGAAUCCAUUUCCUAUGAAAUGACUUCCCAUCCCUCUAUGAGGGCAAAAUCAAUCUUACCAUUAACACUGCAGCAUUUGGUUGCAUUCUGGGAAGACAUUUCUAUGGCCACCAUCAAGGCAGCAACUCAGAACAUGAUCUUCCCCAGUCCGGGAUCCAGUGCCAUCUUAAAAAAGAAAGAGCAUGAGAAAGACAGUAAAAAGGCAAAGAAGGAGAAAAAGAAAAGGGAAAAGGCAGAGGUGCGUCCAAGAGGGAAUCUGUUUGGAGAGAUGGCCCAACUUGCGAUGGGUGGACCGGAGAAAGAUACCAUCUGUGAGCUGUGUGGAGAAUCGCACCCUUACCCUGUCACGUACCAUAUGAGGCAGGCUCAUCCAGGCUGUGGCCGCUAUGCAGGUGGUCAGGGCUACAACAGUAUUGGCCACUUCUGUGGUGGUUGGGCUGGAAACUGUGGAGACGGCGGCAUAGGAGGCAGCACCUGGUACCUGGUGUGUGAUCGCUGUCGGGAGAAAUACCUCAGAGAGAAACAGACUGCUGCCCGGGAGAAGGUGAAGCAGUCAAGGAAGAAACCUCUGCAGGUGAAGACUCCAAGGGCGCUGCCCACUAUGGAGGCCCACCAGGUGAUUCGGGCCAACGCAUUGUUCCUACUGUCCCUCAGCAGUGCAGCCGAACCGAGCAUGCUGUGCCAUCACCCUCCUCGGCCUCUUCAUUCCCACCUCCUCCCCAGCCUGAAGGAGGGUGUCUCAGAAGAACUCCCCAAUAAAAUGGGCUGCCUCUACCUACAGACACUAGCUAGACAACACACUGAGAACUUCGGAGCCUACCAAGAUGAUAACCUCUUCCAAGAUGAGAUGAGGUAUCUACGCUCAACAUCUGUUCCCGCGCCCUAUAUUUCAGUCACCCCUGACGCCUGCCCCAAUGUGUUUGAGGAACCGGAGAGCAACAUGAAAUCAAUGCCACCCAGUCUCGAGACCAGUCCGAUCACAGACAGUGACACAGCUAAGCGGACGGUGUUUCAGCGGUCUUACUCAGUUGUCGCAUCAGAAUAUGACAAGCAACAUUCACCCUCUCCAGCACGGGUCAAAGCUGUGCCCAGACGCAGGGUCCAUAGUGGUGAUGCAGAAGUUGGCUCUUCCCUGUUACGUCACCCAUCCCCUGAACUAUCCCGGCUGAUCUCAGCCCACGGCUCCCUCAGUAAGGGUGAGAGGAACUUCCAGUGGCCCGUCCUGGCUUUUGUUAUCCAGCACCAUGACCUGGAGGGCCUAGAGGUGGCCAUGAAGCAUGCACUGAGGAAGUCUGCCUGCAGGGUGUUUGCCAUGGAGGCAUUCAACUGGCUGCUGUGCAAUGUGAUCCAGACCACCUCUCUGCAUGAUAUUCUCUGGCAUUUUGUAGCAUCUCUCACACCAUCACCAUUUGAACCUGAGGAUGAGGAAGACGAUGAGAAUAAGGGGAACAAAGAAAAUUUGGAACAGGAGCGAGACCUUGGCGUUUGCGAACACCCUCUGUCUGACAUUGUUAUUGCUGGGGAAGCAGCUCAUCCUCUGCCCCACACCUUCCACCGCCUCCUUCAGACCAUCUCUGACCUCAUGAUGUCACUUCCUAGUGGCAGCUCACUACAGCAGAUGGCACUCAGGUGCUGGAGUCUCAAGUUCAAGCAGUCCGACCACCAGUUCCUCCACCAGAGCAAUGUUUUCCAUCACAUCAAUAAUAUCCUAUCCAAGUCAGAUGAUGGAGACAGUGAGGAAAGCUUCAACAUCAGCGUGCAGUCCGGAUAUGAAGCAAUGAGCCAGGAUCUCUGCCUGGUCACCUGUUUGAAGGACCUGACCAGUGUAGUAGACAUCAAGACGUCCAGUCGCCCUGCCAUGAUCGGCAGCCUAACAGAUGGCUCCACCGAGACCUUCUGGGAGUCUGGAGAUGAAGACAAAAACAAAACCAAGAGCAUCACCAUCAGCUGUGUGAAAGGCAUAAACGCUGUUAAGGUGUCUGUUCAUGUGGACAACUCCAGGGACAUUGGGAACAAAGUUACUUCUGUGACAUUCCUGUGUGGGAAAGCAAUAGAAGACCUCUGCAGAAUCAAGCAGGCUGACCUCGACUCGCGUCACAUGGGCUGGGUGACGAGUGAGCUUCCUGGAGGGGAUCAUCAUGUGAUCAAGGUGGAAUUGAAGGGUCCUGAAAACACCCUGAGAGUACGUCAGGUGAAGGUCCUCGGUUGGAAAGACGGUGAAGCCAUCAAGAUACCGGGACAAAUCUCAGCCAGCAUGGCCCAGCAGAAGAACUGUGAAGCUGAGACUCUCAGAGUUUUCCGCUUAAUCACCUCACAGGUGUUUGGAAAACUAAUCUGUGGAGAUGCAGAGCCAACUCCAGAGCAGGAGGAGAAAAACCUGCUUUCGUCUCCAGAGGGAGAAGACAAGGCACCUUCUGACGCUGACCUCAAGGAGCACAUGGUGGGAAUCAUUUUCAGCAGGAGCAAACUGACCAACCUGCAGAAACAGGUUUGUGCACACAUCGUUCAAGCAAUCCGCAUGGAGGCAACGCGUGUGAGAGAGGAGUGGGAACACGCCAUCUCUAGCAAAGAGAAUGCCAACUCUCAGCCCAGCGACGAUGACGCCUCCUCUGACGCCUACUGCUUUGAGCUCCUGUCCAUGGUCCUGGCUCUGAGCGGCUCCAACGUCGGCCGCCAGUACCUGGCCCAGCAGCUCACGCUCAUGCAGGACCUGUUUUCUCUGCUGCACACAGCUUCUCCAAGAGUACAGAGACAGGUGACUUCACUGCUUAGACGUGUCCUGCCGGAGGUGACGCCUGUGCGUCUUGCUAGCAUCAUUGGGGUGAAGGCUCUGCCACCGGCAGACAUCAGUGACAUCAUUCACUCCACAGAGAAAGGCGACUGGAACAAGCUUGGCAUCCUGGACAUGUUCCUGGGCUGCAUCGCAAAAGCCCUCACUGUGCAGCUGAAAGCCAAAGGCACCACGAUCUCUGGUGCAGCCGGAAUGACGGCAGGAAAAGGGGUCACCACAGUCACGCUUCCAAUGAUCUUUAACUCCAGCAUGUCGCCCCCUCCUGUUAUGCUCAGCUAUAUCCGCAGAGGGGAGAGCCACUGGUGGAUGAAAGGCUCCACUCCUCCACAGAUUGCGGAGAUCAUCAUAAAGUUGGUUAAAGACAUGGCAGCUGGGCACCUUUCAGACGCUUGGUCCAGAGUUACCAAAAAUGCAAUAGCUGAGACCAUCAUAGCACUGACCAAAAUGGAGGAGGAGCAUAGGUCUCCUGUACGCUGUAUUGCAACCACAAGGCUCUGGCUGGCCUUGGCAUCACUGUGUGUGCUGGACCAAGAUCACGUAGACAGGCUGUCCUCUGGUCGCUGGAUGGGCAAAGAUGGCCAGCAGAAGCAGAUGCCCAUGUGUGACAACCAUGAUGAUGGUGAGACAGCAGCCAUCAUCCUGUGUAACAUAUGUGGGAACCUUUGCACUGACUGUGACCGCUUCCUCCACCUGCACAGACGCACACGCUCUCACCAGAGACAGGUGUUUAAAGAGGAAGAGGAGGCCAUAAAGGUGGAUCUUCAUGAAGGCUGUGGGAGGACCAAGCUGUUCUGGCUCAUGGCUCUGGCUGACUCAAAGACUAUGAAGGCCAUGGUGGAGUUCAGAGAGCACACAGGUAAACCAACGUCCAGCAGCUCAGAUGCCUGCAGGUUCUGUGGCACGAGAAAUGGGACCGAGCUGUCUGCAGUGGGUAGCGUCUGCUCAGAUCCAGACUGCCAGGAGUACGCUAAACUGGCGUGCAGUAAGACUCAUCCCUGCGGACACCCUUGUGGAGGAGUCAAAAACGAGGAUAGCUGCCUGCCAUGUCUGCAUGGCUGUGACAAGAACACGGGCUGCCUGAAACAGGAUGCGGAUGACAUGUGUAUGAUCUGCUUCACUGAAGCCCUGUCUGCUGCUCCUGCUAUACAGCUGGACUGCACUCACGUGUUCCACCUUCAGUGCACUCGGCGUGUUCUUGAAAAUCGCUGGCUGGGGCCUCGGAUCACAUUUGGAUUCAUGUUAUGUCCCAUUUGCAAGAACAAAAUCAAUCACUCUGUGAUCAAGGACCUGCUCGACCCCAUUAAGGAGCUCUAUGAGGAUGUGAGGAGGAAGGCUCUGAUGAGGCUCGAGUACGAGGGUCUGCACAAGAGUGAGGCAAUAACCACACCAGGGGCACGCUUUCACAAUGACCCUGCAGGCUUUGCCAUGAACAGAUAUGCAUACUAUGUUUGCUACAAGUGCAAGAAGGCAUAUUUUGGGGGAGAGGCUCGCUGCGAUGCAGAGGCAGGACAGGGAGACGACUACGACCCCAGUGAACUGAUCUGUGGAGCAUGCUCAGAUGUGUCCAGGGCUCAGAUGUGCUCCAAGCAUGGAACAGACUUCCUUGAGUAUAAAUGCCGGUACUGCUGCUCUGUGGCUGUUUUCUUCUGCUUUGGCACCACACACUUCUGUAAUGCCUGCCAUGAUGACUUCCAGAGGAUGACCAGCGUCCCCAAAGAAGAACUGCCCCAUUGUCCUGCAGGGCCUAAAGGCAAGCAGCUGGAGGGCACUGAAUGCCCUUUGCAUGUAGUCCACCCACCAACAGGGGAAGAGUUUGCUCUUGGUUGCGGGGUGUGCAGGAACGCCCACACUUUCUAAACAACAAGACUUUUUCUGAAAACCAGUUUGUCUACUGUGAUUUCUGGCUGCUGCUGAAGCUCAGCCGUCAAGUUUGGCUCUUGCAUUGCCAAGACUCCUGGACACUGGACCAGGUUUCUGCUCUACGCCGAGAGUCCUCAGGUCUGCUCUUUCACCACUGUCAGUAUCCUUGGCUCCGCUGCGACCGCGAGCAGUAACUCGUUUGGGUUCAGAGUGACCUGAAUGGGCGAGGGGAGGGAGGGGGACAAAGAACAAUUGAAUUAAAAAGAAAAAAAAGAAGAAGAAAAAAAAAAAAGAAAAUUUCUCGUGACGUGUUUGCAUGCGGCCGUUGUAUUCCCUCGGCUUCUAUAGACGUUGCACACCUCCUGAUCACUCAAGUGUAACAAUACAAGUUUAAACAUUGAAUAUGAAUUACAUUUGCAUAUAGACAACUGUGGAUCAGCGUGGGUCUGAAAAAAAGUUGAAAAAAAGAAAAUAUGGAGCAGGCCGUGUUUCCAGCUUCCUAACUAUAAAUUUAAAAUAUUGUUGUAUGUAAACUUUUUCGUAAACUUGUACAGUAUUCUCCGCUGUCAAGUGCAUCAUGGGUUGACAGAAGAAGAAAAAAAAGGAGUUGAGUUGGUGGAUAAGACUGUUAAGAACAUUAUGUUUGGGAGGAAAAUAGUGUACGAUUUAUCUAAUCUUGUAUAUAAUGAUACUAUUCAAAAAUAGCUGUAUUCCGAAGUUGCUACUCUUCACUUCAGUUUUGUUUGAUAUUCUGGGUUAUGUUUUGAGCCAGAACUUUUAAUGAAGUGCAAUACUGGGUGUGCCUCCUAUUUUGCAGCUGUUUAACCUAUGGAAUGUAUGUCAAUAAAGCCACUGUACAUUUUUAUACAGUAGACGGUCGUAAUUUUCCCCCUCUUCUAAAUGUCACAUCUCUUCUGUUGUUUGGAAAUGAGAAGAUGGAUCCUGGCGGCUGCAGUGAACGAUGGUGGAUGUAAAUCCUGGUUGUAAUUUAAAAAAAAAAAAAAGGAUGAAAACUUAUAGUAAGACAGGAAAAAACCCUCUCACGGUAUGACUGAUUACAGCUGGAUGAUCGGAGGGUGCCAGUCUUCACACCAAAUAAAAUAUUGCACCUGUAAUGCUUUUCCCUAUUAGGAGGCAGGGGUAAUGGGAGGGAGAGGGGAGGUCAGGGGGGUGGAGUAUGGAAACAAAGCAGCUGCUGUUUAAAUUUAAAAAAAAAAAAAAAAAAGGAAAAAAAAAGCUUCAUACUUGUGAAUCUGCUCUGUAAUAUCUGUGGUGGAUGGAGUCGAAUGGUAAUAAACCAGGUUCUCUGUUUUCGCAAAGUAAA